AUGAAUGCUGGAGCAUGCCCCAACAAGACACACAAUACACGAAGAAAAUUGUAUACAACAGAAAUGGGAAAAGGCUACUCCUCGCAGCAGCCUACUGUUAAAAUAGAAGAACUGCGAUACCGCCUGUGGCGCAAGACGCGUUCGGAGACGCAGCGCUGCCUGCUGUCCGACCGCUACCAGGGCGUCGACGCCAACCGCAACUUCGACUUCCACUGGAUGGAAGGAAAAUUACAGAAUCAUCACGAAAGAAGAAAGCGGUGGAAGAAAGCAAUAAACUAUGAAGAGAGAUUGGAGAAAAGAGGUGGAAAGGCGAUAUUUAAUGAUUUUCACAUUGCACUGCUGGACGAUGUCCAAGUGGACUUUUGGUCGAAGGAUGACGUGAUGGUGAGUCCGAGCCGCCAAGAAUCUUUUCAGAGGCAACUCAAUGAAAUGGACGUGGCUUGGAAAAUCUCUAUCGACAACGUGCAAACAGUUGUCCAAGAGGAAAAGGAGAGUCUGCAAAGCGAGUCCCGCAGUUUGUCUCGGGAUAAGUUCCACAGUUACCAGGAAAUGAAAGAUUACCUACAAGAGCUGGCAACACUGUAUUCCAACACAGUCUCCGUGGGCAGCAUCGGUUCUUCGUACGAAGGCCGCGAUUUGCCCAUUCUAAAGAUCUCCAGCGGAGGCGACGACACUCGGCCAAUCAUCCUCAUCGACGCCGGCAUCCACGCGCGCGAGUGGAUCGCGCCCGCCAUGGCCCUCUACAUCAUCCAGCAGCUGGUGGAGAACCCGUCCAACGCAGACCUCAUCGCCAACGUCGACUGGCACGUCAUCCCGCUGCUCAACCCCGACGGCUACGAGUACUCGCGAAAAUCUGUAAGACAACGUUUUCCUCAGUCGUCAGAUAACGGAGGGGAUGGAGAUCGACACCUUGAAGGGACUGCCCUCGAGGGAAAGACAUUAUUAGAACAUUUACAAAAAAUCGGGGAACAAUUUUAA